CUUUAUUGUUUUGAAUCUCAGCCGAUGAGCCGAGCCGGUGUUUUUUUCCCUAGCUUCCGCCGCCCUCCCUAUCCCCUCUCCCUUCUCCGUUCCCAAUUGCGUUUGCCUGUGCGUCGCUGCAAUGACGGCGUGCUGCUCCCGCAGGAGGACGACGCGGCCAACAACGAGGUCGACGUGGACGAGGCGCAGCGCAAAGAGGACCAGCAGGACGACGACUCCCCCGGCGCCGCGCUCUCGGGGAUGUACUCGGACUGCCUGCUGCGCCUGUCCGUGCCCUGCGUCCAGCGCAAGCUGCUCCUGUUCCUCGACCGCCUGGGCCGCAUGGAGCGCUUCCGGCUGCUGGGCGACUUCCUGACCGUGGUCCGCGUCGAGCCGCGCAACGGGGAGGCGCGCCGCAUCGUCCUGGACGAGGAGGCUGACGUCACUGACCUGGCCGGCAUGGUGGACCGCCUGGUUGACGACUUCUUCGACACGCACGUGCUGCGUUUCUCCCUGCCGGGCACUCUCCGGGUCGGGCGCUCCCCCAAGACGACUGUGGACAUCCACCUGGACCGGCCGGGCGGCCCCCACGACGACGAGGACGACGACGAGGACGUCGACCAGGGCCGCUCCCUGGGCGGCCACCACGGCGGCGUGGUCGAGGGCAGGGGCUCCAUCUCCAUCGGGGGUGGCGGCAACAGCAAGAAGAAGCAGAAGAUGAUCAAGAAGAUCAAGAAGAAGCUGAUGAAGCUGCUCAUGAUGGCCAUGUCCGUCAUGAUGGUCAUGGGCCCCAUGACGGGCGGCAUGGCGGGUAACACGGCCGGGCUGGCGCUCAUGCUCGGCACCCUCGCGCUCAUCAUCCUAAAGGCCAUGCUCAUCAAGCAGAUGGGCGGCAGCGUCGGCCAGCUGUUCGGCAACAUCGGCAGCUCCUUCGGCAACCUGGCCGGCAUCCCGGGCCUGCCGGGCCAGCAAGGCCAGGGCACGAACUACCUGCCGUCAGGCACCGGGGGAGGGCCUUACUCGCGCAGCGACUACGCCUACCAGCCGUACGCGACCUGGGCCGGACGGUCAGCCGAGUCCUGGUUCGGCGACCUACCCGACCCGAUGACCCUUGCAUACCGCGCCUACGCCAUUGCCACCCACCUCAAGUAGAACGUAUCGAAAGUUAGUGGACAUUGUUCCGAAGGGAUAAUUUGUUGCUUGUUUUGUGUUUUCAGAGCCAAUAAGGGUUGUUGUUCUUUUGAACUAAAAGCGAUGGAAGCGUAAUUCUGUAGGACCUCACGGCCAUCGAAACUCCUGUGAUAUUUUGCCGUGGUUGGUCUUUUUGUUUUUAUUAUAGAUCUCUACAACUGGCAUUGCCGUUAUCUUUCUGGGACUUCCAUGACGACCUGGUUUAGUGAAAAUGAAAAAUGCUCCGGUUUUUAUUGUAUGACCGUAAUCUCACAGGUGUGAGUUACUCGUCUCACACCUCAGUACGAAUUAUUUUAUGACUGUUCACUUGGGUCAUGCGAAAUGAUAUAGUGUAUUGUCUCAAAAUGGUAAAUCCUUGUACAAAAAUCCCCCC